CAUCAGCAUCAGCAGCAAUUGCAGCAGCAGCAGCAUCUGCACCAGCAGCAACAGCUGCAGCCGCCGCCACCGCCGCAACAGUUGGUGCCGCCAGCAGCGCCAAUGAAGCCGCACCAGUUCCAUCAGCUGCCCCACGCCCUGGUCGCCGCCCAGCAUCAUCAUCGCCAUUACCAGGCGGCAGCGGCCGCCUCUCUGGCAGCAGCAUUUGCUGCCGCGCGCUCUCAUCCGAUGCUGGCGAACGGAUUUGCCACGCCCCAUGCCCAUCCGCAUCCGCAUCAGUUGGCGGCCGCAGCGGCAGCCCCGCCACUGGCGCCGCCACCACCGCCGCCGCCUCUGCUGCCCCACAGCAAUGGUACGGCAGCAACUGUUGCCGGCGGCACUGGCAGCAGCAGCUACACGCUGUCGGCAGCCAAAAUUGCCGCUGUGGUGGCAGCCUUUGCCAGCAACAACAGCAGCAGCAGCAGCAACACCACCAACAAUUGCCACAACAACAACAACAGCAGCAGCAGCAACAGCAACAGCAGCAACAGUUGCAGCAGCGCCACAACGUUGCCAUAUUGCUCAAGUCUACAGCAGCAACAAGUGCCAAAUGCCGUGCCAAUACCCACCAGCAACAACAGCAACAGCAAUAACAACGACAGCAGCAACAGCAGCAGCCAGCACAUUCCUCAGCCCGCACCGCAGCAACAUGCAACGGCGCAACAACAGCCGCUGCCCUACGCCUACUAUUUGACACUGCCCGCGCCCAUGGAUUUGUCGCUGAGCAGCGCGGCGCGACGCCAGCGCGAGCAGCAGCAACAGUUGCAGCUAGACCAACAGCAGCAGCAGCAGCAAUCAUUGCCGCUGGGUUGUCGCAAGCGCGCGGCCCAAACGCUGUGGCAUGGCGACAGCAGCGGCAGCAGCAGCAGCCCGGCGGACAAGCUGAGCAAACUGGAGGCCAUCAAGAGCGAGCCCAGCGACAACGAGGCGGAGGACGACGUGGACAUCGAUGUGGAGGCGGAAGCGGAGGCGGAGGCCGAGACUGAGGCGGCAACAGCAGCGGCAGCAGCAACUGUUGCCGAGCACAAGCUGCCCGCCAAGCAGGUGAAGCUCUUCAAGCCCUAUCUGCUGGACGAGAGUGCAGCCCAGGAGGAGGAGGAGCGGGAGCGAGAGCAGGAGCAGGAGCAGGAGCCGGAGCAGCUGGAGCUGCGCGUCGAGGACGAGUGCGAUGCGGAUGCCGAUGACGAGGAGCACGCCACGCUCAAUGGCAGCAGCGGCGCAAGCAGCAAGAAGAAGAAGCGCGUGACGCCCAAGCAGCGGGAGCCGAUCAUCUGGAGCAAUCAUCCCUUUGCCGGCGGCAGCAGCAACAGUUGCUUUCAGUCGCCGCCGCCGCCAUCGCUGCUGAUGCCCUAUGCAGCCGGCGCGGCAGCGCUGCCGCCGUUUCACGCCGGGAGUCCUCAGCAGCAGCAGCAGCAGCAGCACUUUCAAGGCAGCAACAGCUGCAGCAGCAGCAGCAGCAACAGCAGCAACAGCAGCAAUUGUGGGGGCAGCAAGCCCGCCACGCCCACAAUCAACGUGCUCAGCCCCUUCUCGGCGCCGGCGCUCUCGCCCAUCGGCUUCUGCUGCCCCAAGGGCUCGCCCGUGUCCGGCUACGAGAGCAGCUCCUCCACCUACAGCGACAGCCCCAGCGCCAGCUCCUCCUCCACGCACGGCUACAGCCUCAGUCUGCAGCUGCAUGCCCCCGUCUACAACGACAACCUGAUGCAGCAGCAGCAGCUGCAGCGCUGGCUCGACCAGGAGGCGCUGGCACGUCUUAACUCCGCUGCGGCUGGCGGUCCGCCGACGGCCACGCCCAACAGCAGCAGCCGGGCGGCGCCCAUCACGCUGCUGGCCUAAGCGGCAGCCGCAGCAGCCAUCGAACCACCCACCUUAGCAAGCGUUUGGGGGCGUGGCCUAGGGCCUCUUCCUGGGCCUUGUAAGUUACAGCUUAAGGAAAAGUCUAAAAAGAA